AAGAAAGAGAGGGAGGAGGAAGAAGGAGGAGGAGAAAAAGAGGUGGAGGCAGAAGCAGGGAGCGGCUGUUGCGCCCGUCGGACUCCGCUUCCUUUGCCCGGCCCGGGUGCGCUGCGCUCGGCCGGCGGGACGCGGCGAGAAGAUGGCCGGGGCCGAGGCGGGGCUGACGGGCGCGGGGCUCCGGGAGCAGCCUCCGGGAGAUCCCGGGGGCUCCGUGGGGCUCCCAGCCGCCGCGCCCGCCCAGGGCGAAGAGUCGUCGGACAGCGAAGGGGAGCCCGAAGGACCGCAGAAGCUCAUCCGCAAAGUCUCCACCUCGGGCCAGAUCCGGAGCAAGACCAGCAUCAGGGAAGGUCUCCUCUUGAAACAAACCAGUUCCUUCCAGAGAUGGAAAAGACGCUACUUUAAACUCCGAGGACGGACGCUCUACUAUGCCAAGAAUUCCAAGUCCUUAAUCUUCGAUGAAGUCGACUUGUCGGAUGCCAGCGUGGCUGAAUCGAGCACCAAAAAUGUCAACAACAGCUUCACGAUAAUCACCCCGUUCCGAAGGUUGAUAUUGUGUGCGGAGAACAGAAAAGAGAUGGAAGACUGGAUUAGCUCCCUCAAGUCUGUACAGUCUCGAGAACACUACGAGGCAGCCCAGUUUAACGUGGAACAUUUCUCAGGGAUGCACAACUGGUAUGCUUGUUCCCACGCGAGGCCCACUUUUUGCAAUGUCUGUCGCGAGAGCCUCUCCGGAGUGACUUCCCACGGCUUGUCCUGCGAAGUAUGCAAGUUCAAGGCUCACAAAAGAUGCGCCGUUCGGGCAAUAAAUAAUUGCAAAUGGACAACGUUGACUUCAAUUGGAAGAGAUAUCAUUGAGGAUGAAGAUGGUGUAGCCAUGCCUCAUCAGUGGUUAGAAGGCAACCUUCCGGUCAGUGCCAAGUGUGCGGUGUGUGACAAAACCUGCGGCAGUGUCCUUCGCCUGCAAGAUUGGAAGUGCCUGUGGUGUAAGACAAUGGUCCAUACGGCGUGCCGAGACUCGUAUCCGCGGAAGUGUCCCCUCGGCCAGUGCAAAGUCUCAAUUAUUCCGCCCACAGCGCUGAACAGCAUAGAUUCGGAUGGUUUCUGGAAAGCUACCUGCCCACCCACCUGCGCCAGUCCUCUCUUGGUUUUUGUGAAUUCGAAGAGCGGAGACAACCAGGGCGUGAAAUUCCUCCGGCGCUUCAAGCAGUCCCUAAACCCAGCUCAGGUUUUCGAUCUAAUGAACGGGGGACCCCACUUAGGUUUACGGUUAUUUCAGAAGUUUGACAAUUUUCGAAUCCUGGUUUGCGGAGGAGAUGGGAGUGUCGGCUGGGUGUUGUCUGAAAUCGAUAAACUCAACCUUCACAAGCAGUGUCACUUGGGAGUGUUACCACUUGGGACGGGGAAUGACCUCGCCCGGGUCCUUGGCUGGGGAGGUUCCUGUGAUGACGACACGCAACUGCCUCAAAUUUUGGAAAAAUUAGAACGAGCGAGCACCAAAAUGCUAGACAGGUGGAGCAUCAUGUCGUAUGAAUUGAGGUUGCCAUCCAAGCAGUGCAUCCUCCCAGUUACUCCUGAAGAAGACUCCGAAGAUUGUCAGAUGUCUGCUUACGAGGAUUCAGUGGCCACCCAUCUGACAAAGAUCCUUGAUUCUGAUCAACACACCGUGGUUAUAUCAUCUGCCAAGAUCUUGUGUGAAACCGUGAAAGGAUUCGUGGCCAAAAUAGGGAAGACGUGUGAAAGGCCAGAGGAAAAUGCAGAAACGGACGCCAUGGCUAUGAAAUGCUCGGAACUGAACGAGAAGUUAAGCCUCCUGCUCCAGGCCCUCCAGGCUGAAACCCAGGUUAGUUCAAGCCUUCCCCACAUGGCUACGACCCCUAUCGCUGAGGAAGAGCCGGACGAGUCCUCGAGUGAAGAAUCUUUGUCGGACGCCAAAGAACUGUUGACCGAGAACCACGACGCAGCUUCUCCGAUGCAACAGAUGUUCAAAUCCCGCGAGCAGCUGAUGCUCCGGGCCAACAGCUUAAAGAAAGCGCUGAGACAGAUCAUUGAGCAAGCAGAGAAAGUGGUGGAUGAGCAGAACGCACACAAUGAAGAUCAAAUAAACCAGGCUGCGAUGGAGUAUAAUAAGGAAUUGGAAGAAUCCAAGGAAGAAAAAGAUGAAGACACGAAAGAGUAUGAAUCUCAUCCGAUCCCAGUCGGUGUCGCCAGCAAGGAAAAUCUUCCAGUCCUGAACACAAGAAUAAUUUGUCCAGGGCUGAGAGCGGGCCUCGCUGCGUCUAUUGCGGGAAGCUCCAUUAUCAGCAAAAUGUUACUGGCAAACUUUGAUCCGUACGGUGCCACCCCUUUCAUAGAUCCUGACCCAGAAUCGCUGGAAGGCUACUCAGAGAAGUGCGUCAUGAACAAUUAUUUCGGCAUUGGCUUAGAUGCGAAGAUUUCAUUGGAAUUUAACAACAAGAGGGAAGAGCAUCCUGAAAAAUGCAGAAGUAGGACCAAGAACAUGAUGUGGUAUGGAGUCCUUGGGACGAAAGAAUUGCUACAACGGACUUACAAAAACCUAGAGCAGAAAGUUCAACUUGAGUGCGAUGGACAAUACAUUCCUCUUCCGAGUCUUCAAGGCAUAGCUGUUUUGAACAUCCCAAGCUACGCUGGUGGGACAAAUUUCUGGGGUGGGACCAAGGAAGAUGACAUCUUUGGGGCGCCAUCAUUCGAUGAUAAAAUCUUGGAGGUGGUGGCAGUAUUUGGCAGCAUGCAGAUGGCCGUUUCCCGGGUGAUCAAGCUUCAACAUCAUAGAAUAGCCCAGUGCAGGGCGGUGAAGAUCACCAUCCUUGGGGAUGAAGGCGUCCCCGUUCAGGUCGAUGGGGAAGCUUGGAUCCAGCCCCCAGGGAUCAUUAAAAUUGUGCACAAGAACAGAGCGCAGAUGCUCACGCGAGACAGAGCCUUUGAAAGUACGUUAAAAUCCUGGGAAGAUAAACAGAAGUGCGAUUCUUGCAAACCAGGGUUGCGGUCUCCGUUGUAUCCGCACCAGGCGGUGGAACUGGCUUCGGAGGAAGAGACGGCCCAGCUCCAGGCUUGUUCUCAGGUGGCGGAAGAGCUGAUCACCAGGAUAUGUGAAGCUGCCAAAACUCACAGCCUCUUGGAGCAAGAACUGGCCCAUGCGGUGAACGCCUGUUCUCACGCUUUAACCAAGGGUGGUCCAAAAUUCCCAGAGAGCCUUAGCAGAAACACCGCGCUAGAAAUCGCUGCCACCGUGAAGGCGUUACAUGACGAAACAGAAUCCUUGUUAGUUGGAAAAGUCUUGCUGCAAUUGGAAUCCCCUUGCGAGGAGUUGCUGGUGUCGGCAGUGCACAAUCUGGAGGCUGAAUUGAGAAAGUUGGCCGAAAUCCCUUGGCUCUGCUAUAUUCUGCAGAUCAAUGAUGACGAGGAUCCACCUUUGGAAUACUGUAAAAGAAACAGCCGAAGUACCAUGUUUCGUAUAGUGCCAAAGUUUAAAAAGGAAAAGGUUCAAAAACAGAAGACUAGCACCCAGCCUGUUCAGAAAUGGGGCCCGGAUGAAGUCGCUGCUUGGCUGGACCUGCUGAGUUUGGGAGAAUACAAGGAAACGUUCGUCAGCCACGACAUCCGAGGGGCCGAGCUUUUGCACCUGGAGAGGAGAGACCUGAAGGAUUUGGGGAUAACGAAAGUGGGUCAUAUGAAGCGAAUUCUUCAGGGAAUUAAAGAAUUUGGCAGAAGCCCACCGUUACCGGAACUGUAGCUGUGUCGGCGGCUCCAUCGAGGAAGUGCUAUUUACACAAAGGCGUAGAAGGACGCGGGUUCCUCCCGGGCGAGUAAACGGCAGGUUGUGAGAAGAGCAUUAAUUCUGAUCGGGGCGAGGUUUGAUGAACGAGUAUCCAAAAGGUUUUGUGGGUCUAAAGGUUUUAUGGGGUCAUUUACCCCAUAAUCCCUUGCCAGGCGGAGUCUGGACAACUGAAUGGAGCUGAAUGUUUACUGGCCAGAUGUCCCUCCUGUUGCCAAAACGGAGUUUUGUCCAGCACAUAUAUUCUCAUUGUGCCCAGAGAAGAGAAAUAUCUGCCUCUACCUAGGAUUGAACUCACAGCCUCCUGAUGGUGAGACGAGAGCUCCACCUCUAAGCCACCGCACCGCUCUUUUGUGAGUCUAAAAAGGCUGUGAAAUAUAUUACGAGAAGUAAUCAAAAUGUCUCCAUUACAGUAAAAAAAAAAAUCACGUUUCCUGGGUAGCAUGGACAUUAUUCGGACUUUGGUAAUCCACCCAGAUCCUUUCAGGUUCUUUCAAAUUUGCAGAUGACAAAUCAUUUUACAAAACGAGAUUGUUCCGCUUGACAAACCCUUGAAGCCUAACUUCACCCAGAGCCUCCGGUGUCUUCGUAGACCCGAUCCCAUCCCGAUGUUUCAGUGGUACCUCAAACCAUCGUCCUCUCGGGUUUUUCGCCCCAUUUCGUUGGCCGAAAAUAAUGUUGGAUGCGGUGAACGGACACGCCACGACGCCUCGUUUCUCGGCCCAAACCGCCCUGCUCGUUUGCAUGAUAAAUUCUUACACUUGAAGAACUUUUAUAUCUGUUUUAAUAAGAUUUAAUUUAUUACUGUUUUGGGGGUGGGGGGGGGUGUUAGGGAUUUUAUUUUAUUUUCUCCUGAGGCGAUAGAAAAACACGCGGCGUGUGGCGGACAUUGUCGCCAUAUUCUAGUCGUGAAAAACGUCUUCAACUCUGGCUUCAGGUCAUUUCAGAGUAUUUCAAAAAUGCUAGAAGGUGACAGGUUUAGGAUUUGGUUCCCCGAGGGAGAAAGAUCUGAACAUUUCCUCACGGUGGAUAAAAUAUGCAACGUUUACCCUCUUCCGUCAAGCAACUCCCAGAUUACCUCGGACGCCUCAGCUUCAAAACGUGGCGGCCGAGCGACCGAAAGUGCAUCGAAUUUGACAUCAACAUCAAGAUUAUGCCGUUUUAUUGAAAUCUGGGAAGGUUAUCGAGCCCGGUCUUUAACCCGUGCAUUAAGCCAACUAUUUUUUUUUAUUUUCAGUUUACAGAUGGAUUUAGCCUCAUCGGAAACAUUGUUAUCCAAUUGUGUGUUAGUUUGGACUGGAAAAUUUGGUGGAUCGGGGCAGGAAAAGAAAUUCCUUUUCUGAAAAUUGUGCAUCUGCUUCAGAGCCAAGAAACUUCAUAUCAGUGAUGGCGAACCGAGUGCCGAAAAGGGAGUGUGCGGUUUGUGCCCACUCGCGCAACCUGGAAGAGAAGCUGGACAUGUGCACGCCGGGAAAUUAACUUCUGGUUAACCUGGCUAAUGUCUGGCGCGCAUGCGCACAUGAUGAGUCAGCCGGCCAGCGCGCAUGAGCACAACAGAAACCAGAAGACCAGCUCUUCUAGUUUCCGGCACUACCGCACGUGCGAAGGUCAGCUGAUCAUCGCGCGUGCAUGCACACCAGAAACGCGGAAGAGAAAUGGGUGACGCCGCCUGUGCCAGCUGACAUGGCUCUGUGUGCCACUUUGGGCACGCCGUAGGUUCGCCAUUGCGGCUCUAGAUAUGGUUGAAACCAGGGAGAUCAGCAGAGGAAUCCAGAAAAAUUAAGAUGGUAUCUCGGUGGCGGGGUCACCUCCCACUGUGGAUGAACUACAGCUCCCAACAGCCUCCACGGUUGUCUGUGGAGAUUCUCCAUCAUCCAGGUCACGGUUAUCCCAAAGGUGCUUUUUCCAAAAGACAAAUAGGUAAUGCUAAUUGGGUAAUGGAAAGGUAAUGUUCCCGCUGGAACAGAGGACCUUGGUGGAAACCAUUAUAACAGUUGCUAAUAUCUAACAGAAGUGGUGUAGGGUUUCCUGCCUAAGCAGGGGGUUGGACUAGAAGACCUCCAGGGUCCCUUUCAACUCUGUCAUUCUUAUCAUUCUUUUAUUAUAAGUUGGCUUAGCAGAAAGUCAUUCUAUUGUAUUCCAGUCUGUUCUGUUCUGUUCUAUUCUACUCUAUA